AUUAUAACUCCGCUUUCAGAUUCCAUGGCUACCUCAACUAGCAGCAAUCAAUCUGACGGAAUAAUGGGUAAUAAGGAGCUCACUCCACUGGAAAAGCAUGUCAUGUUCUUUGAUAUCAAUAAUGAUGGAAUAAUUUACCCUUCAGAAACGUACCAAGCUUUUAGAAAGAUGGGGCGUGGUAUUUUCCGUUCUAUGUUUGGUUCUGUUCUCAUUCAUAUUUCUUUCAGUCACAAGACUCGACCGGGAAAAUGGCCGUCUCCACUCUUCCCCAUUGUGGUAAAAGAUAUCAAGUAUGCUAUACAUGGCAGUGAUUCUGGUGCCUAUGACUCUGAAGGGAGGUUUGUGCCAGAGAAGUUUGAGGAGAUCUUUAAGAAGCAUGCACAUCAAAAUGCAGAUUCCUUGACAUACAACGAAGUGAAAGAAUUGCUCAAGACAAACAGAGAAUCAAAGGACUACUAUGGAUGGGCAAAUGCUUUUGUAGAUUGGAAGUCUUUAUAUGAUUUAGGCAAUAAGGAUGGGAUAUUGACGAAAGAAACCGUAAAAGCUGUCUAUGAUGGAAGCCUUUUCGAGCAAAAGGCAAAAGAGCAUGCUUCUAAGUAGUGCCCCAUAUAGUUCCACUAUCAUUGUUUGAUGUACCAUGUGGUUGUAAUAAUUAAGUUAUGUAUUGUCUUCUGUUAAUAUUGUUGUUGUUGUGAUUUAGUUCUUCUCAUAUCUCAAAAUUAUGAGAUGGCAAUAAAAAUUAAUACUAUUUUUUUUUUUUUACGCA